AUGUCGGAUCCGUUGAGAGCAAGUGUUUUAUUGUCAGAAGCGCAUCGACUAGCUGAUGAAAGCCUGGAAUCCGUAGAAAGGACGGUAGUACCAGAUGGCCGAUCAGCUGUUGAUGGUCGAUAUGCGCAUCUUCGAUGGUUCGUGCUGCCUAUCGAGGUGACCGAGAGGACUAGAGGUGUUUCGGUGACUUAUCCAACGUUACCGUAUCAACCGCGGCAGUACCCGGAACACGGUGAACACCUUGUGGGAGAAGUAGGCAAUAUGGAAUUGACCAAUCACGAUGUGUCAAAUGAUAGCAAUCAAUUAGAUGAUGUGGACAGUGUGAAGGAAAUAGAUUUUGAGGAUCAGUGCGUACCGUGCAGUUCUGGAGACGAUGGCGUUAUGCAUUGCCCUUUGGAUGCGUCAGAUCGCGGAAAAGGCCGCUUAGGAGAAUUUGGUACCGAUGAAGAGCCAGAAAGUGCUAAGACACUGGAUGACUGGGACAAGCGCGUAGUUGUCAGGCGACGAGAGCUGACAACUCCCGAAGAAGCCCGAAUACCAUGGCAUCAGCCGCCAUUGGAGAUGUACAGACGUGUUGCUGAGGCGAUUCAUGGGUUGGAUAUGAUUAAGGUGAGAUAG